AUGGGUCGCUCAUCAUCACGAUCCAGCGAUGGAGCUGAUUCCGCGCAAAACGCGCGCGUCGAACCGCGUCUCCUAAAGGCAAUUGAGGACAGUAAACACGAGGAUGCGAUCGCGAUUAUCGAGCAUGCGAAAGCGAAGUCGCAACCCGUCGACCACCUUCUGCGCAUAGGCUUGAUGCGCGCAGCCGAACGCGGAAACAUCUACAUUACCGAAUACCUCCUCAAGAGCGGCGCGAAGCCCGACGGCGCCCCAGGUGGUCGAGUCUCGCCUUUGUUCAAAGCGAUUGAGAAAGAGCGUGUCGACAUUGUACGACUGCUGUUGAAGUUCGGCGGCAACGUGGAUGCGCAAGACAAGCAGGGACGGACUGCGCUGAUGACGGCUGCAUGGAAGAACUACUACCACAUCAUGCAAGAACUGCUCAGGUACGGUGCCGACGUCAACAAGAAGGACAACACUGGGCGGAACAUAUUACACAACUUGGCGGCAGACAAGCACUGCAACUGGGGACGCGAUGUCAUCGCGGAGCUGUUGAAGCAGAAUAUCGCGAUCGACGGACCAGAGGGCCAGGACGACCAGAAGCGCAGCCCGUUGCAUUGGGCUGCCAGUACCGGCAAGAAGGAGCUAUGCGAGAUGCUCUUGCGUCGAACGAGAUUGCCGAGAGCGAAUGUGAACGCGGUGGAAGUCAGGCAGAAGACGGCACUACAUCUGGCAGUCGCACACGGGCGAGACGACAUCAUUGAGCUGUUACUAGUCAACGGGGCAGACGUAGGCGCGCAGAGUGACGGAAGCUGGACGCCCCUUCACAAUGCUUGCGACCAAGGCAGUGUAAAGGUGCUGAAGAUACUCCUGGCUGCCGGAGCGGACGUCAACGCGCGAACACUCAAUGGGACCACACCUUUACACGUCGCAGCGCAAGCUGGUCACUUUGACGUAGUCAAGUGUCUCUUGGAAAGGGCAGACAUCAAGCGAGCGCCAAAGGAUACAUUUGGUAUCACGCCGUUCUUGCGCGCUGCGCAGAGCAAGAAACCUGCGCGCAAAGAUAUCAUCAAUGCUCUGGCACCCCACAACCAGGUCGAAGCGCUUAGCGAAGAUGCCCUUGGCGCUACAAACGGGUUCCAUGCUACGAUCGUUGACUUUGGCAACUUCCAUAACGAAAACAAGGUCUCAAGAAGGACUGUCUUCGAGCUGCUGUAUGGCCGCGAUCCCAUCAACCCGAGAAAGCCAGCGGUUGCGAUUCUACCCAAAGAGUCAAAGGCGACAACCUUCCGAUGGAUACACCUCCCUGCCAAUAACAUGGCCUGGGUUGAGGCGCUGCUCACAAAAGCGUUCAUCGAGGAGGGUGCCAGCGAUGUGGAGGGCUUCAAGGCGCUCGAACGUUCUUUCAGUCAUCAGCAUCGAGGACAGCAGAUUCAUUCGCAUUUCAUGCGACCGCUAUGUCAAAGCACACCCCGUGCACCAAAACAGCACGAUGACUCUGACCUUUCCGACGGCGCUGAUUUCAUCCCCCAGAUUCUGGUGAAUAGCGGUAUGGGCUUGGGUAUCGAUGCGGUAGCUGGUUCACAAGAAAUGCCAACGUCGCAAUUUCCUCGCACGCCUGUGCGGACCAGUACCGUGGAUACAGACUAUACGGAUGGGACUGCAGGAACAGGCUCCGGACCUACGACUGUUAAGGAAGGAAAGAGCAAGGCGAAGGACAAAUCGAAGAAGAUGCCGAAGUGGAGCGGAUCGAGACAAGCAGGCAAGCGAUCAGGUGGGACGGACACACCAACCCGAGGUCCAGAAAACCAGGCGAAACGAACACAUACUAGCUCCUCUCUUAACAACAGUGGCUAUCUCAGGUCACCCGGCAGCCCAGGUAGAAAAGAUCCAACAACCGUAGCGAAGGGCAACAUCUUUUCCUUCAUGCCAUACCUGCAUUUCGAAACCGAUCGGCGGCGGCAAGAGAUGCAGGCCGCGAUCUCGAGGACGCAGAAGAUGAAAGAGCGGGAGAAGAACGAGGGUGGCACUUCUAAGCCACAGUAUUACCGUGCAUCAACUUAUGACGAGAUGCUGUUUAGGGCUCACUUGACAUCCUCACAAGUUUCGCUGCACGUGCGACGCACGCUCGACCAGUUCUUCUAUCACAAUAUCGACACGCAAUCCCGAGAUCGAGACCAGGUCGUCUAUCGAUAUCAAUGCAAGUCGAACGAGCCGCAACAUGUUGACCCGAAGAUCUUCAUGGUCGAUCAGUUAUGGAUGUGGACGCUUGGCAAAGACUUGAUCGUGACAGCCUUCCCUCAAAGAUGGCAGCAGCCUCGCAACGACCCGCUCAACGUCCUGGAUGGAGUCAUUGAAGACAUCAAUAGCAAGACAAGAGAUCCUGUGCGUAGCGUGUACGAUCUUGCCAUGAUCAUCACCGGUCGGUGUAGUGGCGUAUUUGACAGACAUCGCGUUGGCGACGAAGACUAUCAGUUCCUCGAUAUGUUCGAAUCAAGCAUCGGUGAUGCUACCGAGAUGGAAACCAUGCUUUUCAAAGAAUUCAACACAGCGUCCGCCCAGGCCUCGGCUUGGCUACAACAUCACCGGCGGCCGAAUCGCUUCUCGCGACAUUUGGAGGCCGAGGGAAGGCAAAGAGAGCACCUGAAUCGCCGGCACACAUCACAUCAUUCACACUCUCACUCUCACGCGUUGACUGACCCUCCAGUGCCGGAAGAGGCAUUUGACUACGGUGACAGCGACCGAACGGCCGCCCAUGCCCCGCUCUUUGUCGAUAAACUACUGGAUAUUGGCGCGGAGACGGACCUGCUAGCCGAGACUAAAGACAUUCGCGACGAGCUCAAUAUGAUUUCAAAGGUGCUCGAAGAUCAAAAAACCAUACUACCGGACAUGGAGACGAGCAUCACGGACAUAUAUCGUGAAGAGCACAAGAGUCAACAGGAACUCAAGAAGCGAUUCAAGGAUAUGACGAAGACAGUAGACACACAUAUCAAGGAUCUCGAGCGCAUGGACAAGCAAGCCAAGCGCAUCUACGAAUCCAUCACCGACCUACUCGAUCUAAAGCAGAAGCACGCCAACGCCUUCGAGGCGCGCUUCGCCCGCGACCAAGCUGCCGGUACUGCAAGACAAAGCCAGACCAUCAUGGUGUUUACCAUUGUCACCAUCAUCUUCCUCCCUCUAUCCUUCAUCGCAGCCAUGUUCACAAUCAACAUCCAGGAAUUUCCGCAUCGGCCCGGUAGCGACGAGCCUUCGCUUCCUCUCUCAUUCGUCAGCAAGUACAUGUUCGGCAUCGGCUUCGCCAUCUCCAUCCCGUUCAUCGCCAUCGCACUGUCAUUCGACGCCAUCGGCGACUUCUUCCGCGAAGUCAAACGCCGCUUCCGCGAACGCAAAGCUCAAAAUCGCCAGAGCCGGCGCGAUACCGACGCUUACAGUGGUAUCGAGAAGACAGACUUUGAGUACCCCUUCGAUACGCGCACUAUCGAACAGGCUCUGAGUCGCGGGCGUAGUACGGCAUACCGCCCCGACGGUAGGCGCAGCAUCGAAAGCUACCUCGGCAGUGCGAGAGCGAAUCACUGGGGUGAUGGCGGCUCGCUGCUUCCUGUUGCUAGUCGCAGUACGGGAAGGAGUCCCGAGAAGGGUGCUGUGAGGAUUACGAAUGGCUUGAAUGGCACGACUGCGAUGGCCAACCGGUUGAGUGUGGAUAGGGCUGAGAGGCAGAGUCCGAUCGAGAGGAUCAGUACCGGGUUUAGGAUGAGGGGAAGCGUGGAUUUUGAACGCGCGUAG